UCCUAGUCCCGAGCCCAUUCUAAUUUGAAUGGGGGAGGGGAGGGUGGGCCGGACCUGCCCACGACACGGUCCAGGCUGUUUUUAGAGCAGAUGCCGUGCUGCGAAUACCCCAAUUCUGCCUCCGCUUACCUUUAAACAAAACAGAAACAGGAAAAUGUCUUCUUCCCCGAUGGACAUGGACGCACCACUCCCCAACGGCGGCCACUCCACCGCGGCUGCUUCUCCGUCGAAAGUGGCGGAGUCCUUGAAAUUGGAACAUCAGUUGCUUCGUGUGCCCUUCGAACAUUACAAGAAGACGAUCCGCGCGAACCACCGCACGGUCGAGAAAGAAGUCUCUGGCGUUAUUUCCGGAGUAUCCGACGCCGCCGAUUCCGACCUUUCUCGAGAUGACGCUGUCAAUCGACUCAAUUCUUUAGUCUCCCGAUUGCAGGGCCUCAAGAGAAAAUUGGAAGAGGGAAGUCGAACAGAGCACUUGCAAGCGCAGAGAUGUAGAGCUAGGCUGGAUCAUUUAGAAUCUGCAGAAGUGGACAAUUUUCCAGAGUGGAAUUGCAUCCGUUUGAAGCGAAUACUUAUUGAUUACAUGCUAAGAAUGUCAUACUAUGAAACUGCUGUAAAGCUUGCAGAGAGCAGUGAUAUUCAGGAUCUCGUUGAUAUCGAUGUGUUUCUUGAAGCAAAAACGGUUAUUGAUGCUCUUCAAAAGAAGGAAGUAGCCCCUGCAUUAGUCUGGUGUGCUGACAACAAAUCCAAGUUGAAAAAGUCCAAGAGCAUAUUUGAGUUCCAGCUGAGACUGCAAGAAUUCAUUGAAUUGGUAAGAUCCGACAAUAAUAUGCGAGCUAUACAAUAUGCUCAGAGGUAUCUAGCACCAUGGGGAGCUACUCACAUGAAAGAAUUGCAGCGUGUCAUUGCAACUCUUGCUUUCAGAAGUAACACUGAAUGUUCAACAUACAAGGUGUUGUUCGAGGAAAAACAAUGGGGCUACUUGGCAGAGCAAUUCAAACAAGAGUUCUGCAGACUGUAUGGGAUGACCCUUGAGCCUUUAUUAAAUAUAUAUCUACAGGCAGGCUUAUCUGCAUUGAAAACCCCGUAUCCAUACUUUCACUAUCGUUUUGGUUUUCCUAGUAGGGGUCUUCAAAUUUUGCUUAGAUUCUGUUAUGAAGAUGACUGCACGAAGGAGGAUCCUUUGUCACAGGAAAGUUUCCGCAAAUUAGCACAACCACUUCCAUAUUCAAAGCAGCAUCACUCAAAACUAGUCUGUUACAUAAGUAAAGAGCUUAUGGAUACUGAGAACCCCCCUCUUGUGUUGCCGAAUGGCUAUGUUUAUAGUACAAAGGCACUCGAGGAUUUGGCAAACCAGAACAAUGGGAAAAUCACUUGUCCAAGAACAGGUUUAGUUUGCAACUAUAGCGAAGUUGUAAAAGCGUACAUCUCAUAAGUUCAUAUGCAGCUGAUUACUUGUGGGCUAAUAUCACUAUUGUCUCUAGUGGAUGACUGCUUCUGCUGCUCCUGUAUUUACGAUGCUUGAAUUGUUUGGCUUUAGGGCUCUGAUGGAUGUUGGACAUAUGUACAUAUGCAAAUGGUUAUAUAUUUGUGUUUGUUUCCUGUUAUAAUUUUGGAAAACAGAAAUAAGGCAUGUAAGUUACCUUUUUUUUUGUUGGAACGAUAGAAGCAUUAUAUUAAUCUCAAAGGGGAACAUUGA